UGGCAAAGCGAGUAGCCUUUCUCCAACAUUCAAGAACUCUCCACAAACUACGUCUAACUCUACGGGAAUGGCGGCCAGCAAGGUCGUUUUUGUUGGAAAUGUUCCCUACAAUAUGGCGGAAGACCAGCUGAUCGAUGUCUUCAAGUCGGUAGGACAGGUGAUAGGUUUUAGACUGUCCUACGAUAGGGACACGGGAAAACCCAAGGGGUAUGGUUUUUGUGAGUUCGCGGACCACGAAACAGCGAUGUCUGCCGUACGCAAUCUUAACGGCGUUGAUGUCGGCGGCCGGCCUCUUCGAAUCGACCUAGCAGAAUCCGAUCCGCAUCUUGAAGGAAAGACAACUGUGAGAGGAGAAAUCUACCCCGACGCACCUCCUUCAUCUGGGUGGCGCGGUGGUGGUGGUGGUAGUAGUGGACGAGGUUUCGAUCCAGAAGCCUUCCUCGCCAACUUGCCACCAGGUGUGCAGAUACCAAAAGGAUCUUCGUCAUUGGAUCAUAUCAGCCAAACGCUUGCCACCAUGCAACCGAGUCAGCUUAUGGAAGUCCUGGCCCAAAUGAAGGCUUUCGUUAUUACACAUCCAGAUCAAGCAAAAAUCUUGCUUGUGAAACACCCACAGUUCGCCUACGCGCUCUUUCAGGCCCUCCUUCUAAAUAAAAUUGUUGAUCAAGCGAUCCUGCAACGCAUGCUUGAAGCAACAGGCGCAGGAGCAGUUGGACGCGGCCCGCCACCACCUCAUGCCCCCCCAGCAGCCCGACCGCUAAUGCCUGUCCCUCCACCUCACCUGCAGCACGGGCACCUGCCACUUCCCUCCCAUUACCCUCCAUCGCAAAUGCCGCCUUUCCCGCCUCAGGCAGCUCCCGUCCCUCCGCCAAUGGCGCCUACUACCCCUCAGCCUCCCCAACAACCGCAGGCCCAACCUGCGCCUGAGAUAAGCGACAGCCAACGGACGAUGUUGAUGCAAGUCCUUAGUUUAACGCAAGAACAAAUCAACGCUCUUCCGGAUGCGGAGCGGUCAGCAAUCUUACAACUGCGAAAUCAGUUUAUGGGGGGUUUAGGUGCCGCUUAGUGUGUCUAAUCUGGUCCUUCCUUUUCCUCCCAUCCUAUCCUGCCUUUUCUGUGCAUCAUCUCGGACCGUCAGCAUUAUAUCCUGUCCAGUAUACAUUUGAGAAUGGUUAACUUCUGUAUAUAUAGCACAAUUAGUUGUUGUGGUCUUGCAUGCCUUUCACUUAACACGAUUUCCUGACAAGUCUUGAUUC